AUGGCUGAAGGUCUUGCAGGCUUGGUGAGGCAGGCUUCGUUGGUAGGUAUGUUCAAAGGUUUUAAAGUAGCUACUGAUGUAGAGUAUAGCCUGCUACAAUUUGCGGACGACACUAUCCUAUUCGGGGAAGGCUGUUCCACUUUUUUUUUGCAAGUAGCAGCAGUUUUCCUUGGAUGCAAGGUUGACCAUUUUCCUCUCAAGUUCUUGGGUUUUAUGGUGGGUGGUAAUCAAAGGUUUAUCAUUUUUUGGAAGCCGGUGAUUACGUCGUUGAAAGCAAAACUACCGGCCUGGAAAGUGUCAUCUAAAGUGGUUAAGGAUAUUAGAGCAAUGCAAAGGAAGUUCUUAUGGGAAGGUGUGGUGGAUAAGGUAGGUGUGACGUGGGUCAGAUGGGAUAUUGUUUGCAGGUCAAGAAAACAUGGGGGACUUGGUGUUAAGGAUAUUGGUAAAUUUAAUAAAGCAUUAUUAUCAAAGUGGAUUUGGAUAUUUUUGGUUGAGGAGGAAGCUAUUUGGUAUGGUGUGAUAAAGGAAAGAUAUGGCGAUUUGAAAUCAAGAUUAUGGAAUUGUGAAGAUGGUUUCUAUGACUCAAAAGAUUCAUUUUGGUCGAGGAAUUUAAUGGAGUUGUGUACUAAUCAUCAAGGAAUCUUGUAUAAUAUGACAGUUAAAGUAGGAAACGAGAAUGUUACCCAGUUUUGGAACUCUCGAUGGUUAGGCACAUGUUCCCCGAGCUGUAGAGGUGUUAGGUUUGGAGGCGUCUGCAGAAUUGGAAGAGCUGAAAGCAUGUUAAUUGAUAUCCAAUUGAAUGUUAAUUCUGGAGACGUGAUCAUAUGGCCUUUUGACGUAUCAAAAUGUUUUACGGAUAGAUUGCCGGCAAGGAAACAACUCAUGUGUAGAGGGAUCAUAAUGCAGAAUCAUGAAGCCCUUUGUGUUUUCUGUCAGCUACAUAUUGAAGAGCCAAAUCAUUUGUUUAUUCACUGUCCAAAGCUCCAUAGGCUAUGGGUAAGAUUACUUCAUUGGUUGGAUUUAGAUGACCAGCUUGCUGUAGAUUGUUGCAGCCAACUUUUGAUGGGUGUACAUUCGUUGUCGGUUUUUGACAGUGAGGAAAUAUUUCAUUUGAUCCUUUGGCAUACUUGGUGGUGGCUUGCAAUAGUAGCUAAGGAUAGAAUUACGUGUACCUUUUAUGAGUGGUUUAAAAAUUCGUUUUUGGUGUAG